AUGCGGGGCUCGAGCCAGGAGAGCUCGACACCGUACUGCCGCUGCCGGGUGCUCUACCUCGGCAGCGCGGUGCCCCACGCGAGCAAGGAGGGCCUCUUGGGGGUCCAGGAGCCCCUGAGGGAGCUCUACCCGGAACAGGGGGCCCUCGGGGCACGGGGCAUCGACUCGUGGCUGAGCGUCUGGAGCAACGGGCUUCUACUCGAGAACGUCGACGAGCACCGGAAAAAGGUCACUCGCUUCUUUCCCAUCGAGUCGCUCCACUAUUGCGCGGCGGUGCGCCACGUCAAGGCCGGUGCCGGACCCGACGCGGCGGCCACGACCCGCUUCUUUCCCCUCGACUCGCCCUUCGCCCGCACCCCCAGCGCCAAUCACCCGCCCCUGUUCGCCGCCGUCCUUAGGCGCACCACCGGCAUCAAGGUCCUCGAGUGCCACGCCUUCAUUUGCAAGCGCGACAUGGCGGCCAAUGCCCUCGUGCGCUGCUGCUUUCACGCUUACGCCGACAGUCGCUUCGCCAAGGGCCUCGAACCCCCUCCCAACGCCGGUACCAACAACAACAACAACAACAACAACAACAACAACAACGACAGCAGCAACAGCAGCAGCCCGACCACGGUCAACCACAACAAUCACAACAACGACCAACACCACUACCACCAGUCGACGGGCAGCCUUUACCACACGCUCGGGGGUUCGAGCACGACCCUGGCCGAGGCGCACAACAAUCACAACAAUCAGCAGCAGCAAAACGGCGGCCUGAAGCUCGUCGAUGGUGGCAACGACGACGACACCACCAGCCUCGUGUACAACGGCGACGAGAACCACAAGGUGUGGGCCCGUGGCCGGGACGAGCUGGACGGGCUGUACCAGGAGCAGGGGACCAUGCGCAGUACACGGGGCUCCCGGUUGCGUCAAAUGAUAGCGCCCCCACCCCCGCCGCCACCCCCGCCCAGUCAGCCCCUCAUGGGUACCGAGGAGCCGCGCGGCAACGGUGGCAAGAAGCCCCCCAAGAGUAAGCUGCAGAAGCGCUCGAAGCAGCGCCAAGAAGAUCAACAACUGCAGAUGCAGCCGGUCUACGCGAACGGCCAUCCCCAUCCCCACCCGCACCACCACCACCACCACACGCUCGGGCACCCGGCUCGUCAGGGUGGACCCGGUUACCAUCCCCACCACCCCCAGAGUCGCUCGGUGGCGGGAACUCUGGCCCGACCGGCGCCCAUUCUCCUCGUCCCGGCGGCCACGUUGCCCCGCAAGCUCCACCAUCAUCCCUUGCACCCACCCCCACCGCCCCACCGUGCCAUCCGAGCUGCCGCGCCCAUCGUGCCCCUGUACGCGCCCCUGCCCGUCGUGCCCCCCGUACCUCCAACCGUGAUCUACGGCUACGGGACGACGGGCAACCGGGGCCACGGCCGCCGGCACAACCUCCACCUGGUGGACCAGCAGCAACUCGAGUACGGCUCGAGCCUCGGGCUGCACCAGUCGCGGCGCAUGGCGGCCUCGCACGCUGAUCUCUCGUCGACUAAUGGGCCUGUGGCCCAGCACACGGAGCGGGCCUCCCCCGAGAGCCCGGACAACAACAACGAGUCGCACUUUGGCACGGGCAUCUACCGGCGCAAGGGUCACUUGAACGAGCGGGCCUUCUCGUACAGCAUCAGGGCGGAGCACAGGAGCCGGAGCCACGGCAGUCUCGCUUCGCUGGGCUUUGCCGGGCAGCAGCCGCAACAACAGCACCACCAGAACGGCGGGGUCAUGCCCAAGGAGGAGAAGAAGGACAGGGAGAUGGCCCAUCUGGUGGCGGGUCUGAGCCUCGACGACGGUCUCGGCCAGCGGAACGGCAAUUACCACCCGCAGCCCUUACCCAGGCCCAAGGCCCGCUAA